AGUUGAUACGGGUUUAAUUUUUGAAGUAACUUGAACCGGGUUUUAAGUUGAGACAAAUAUUUUUCGAGCUUUAUAAAAAAACAUGGAUGAAACUCAGAAGGAGUACGAUAACUUUAGAAGUGUUCGUGGUGAAAGUUUGUCUGAUCAUAUUACAAGGUUCAUGAAUUUGCUGACAAAGAUGAAGAAAGCUGGAAUUCCCGUUACCAACCGUGCUAAAAUCAAAAGGUUGCUAGAUUCACUACCAAAAGAAUGGAGUAUCCGGUGCAUGAAGAUUAAAGAUGACUUUAUAAGGUAUCCUACAACGCUGACAGAUGUCGUGGACGCUUUGAAAUCUCUUGAAAUGGCGGUGAAUCAGAUUGGUGUCACUCCAAAAGCAAGCCCAACAACACCUACCAACAUGAGUUUCCCUUCCCCAAUCAGUGUAGGAAGUUCAUCAUUUGUUUCAGCCAGGAUUCUAAAUAAUCUUCCAGCAAGUUCUGCAAAAACAUCUUUAAGUGAAAAAGAAAUGGCGGAAAUUGCAAAGUCAACAACUGAUAAUGGGAAGAAAGUUACUGAGGAGGAUGAUAAGGUGAAGCAGAAUGAGAAGGUGGAUGCAGGAUUCAGUGAAGCAGGUAGAAAGAAUGAAGAGAAGACGCCUUUUGAAGCCCAGCAUGCAGAAUCUAGCAAGGAGAAGGAAGAAAAGGACUUGUGAAGAGGUGAUUGAGCGUGAGGAGGAUGUGUGCGAUGAGGAUUGUGGUGGCACGAAAAUAGGAAUAGGGU